ACAUAGGGUUAAGUUUGAAAACUCACUUCUCCCUUUCACCUUCAUUUGAGUUCUCUAUCAUUCCGCCACUCUACACAUCGGCUCCGGUGACAUCACAACACGCCGGAACCCAACUUUCCGGCCAAUCGCCGGAUGUCUGCUGCCGCGAGCCACCGCUCGCGAACCACUCUCAUUCAGGUCUGUAACUCUCUAAUUUUCACAACUCAUUUCACUCUUCUCCCAAAACCCCCAAUUAUUAUUCAAUGCUCACACUUCACAAAAACCUCACAUUCAUCCACUAAAAACUAUGAUCCUCUUAACGAUUUCUCACCAUUUAAGCACUCACACAACGAAGAAGCCGUUAUUAAUCCGAUUGAGCGGCGGUUACUCGUGCUAGGGUUAGGUAAAAUAGUUAAAACUUACCAAGGUUGUUUCGUGUUGAACAAGUUUUCUCAUGAGUUUUGCCCUUUUUUGUUAGUGAAGAUCAUGAAACUGUUUGGAAACAGAGAAUGUGCAUUUGCUUUUUUUAAGUUAGUGUUUCGGGAUGAGUCGGAGAACAUAGUUAGGGCAUGUUGCGUCGCGUGUCAUGUUUUGGCUAUGCAGGGGUUUAGGAUUGUAGCACAGGAUGUGUUGGCAUGGAUGAUGUGGAGGAUUGGAGUGUGUAGAGGUGAAGAAGUUGUGGAGCUUAUGUGGCGAGGGCAUUUUGGGUAUGAGUCGGAUUUUUCAGUUCUUGAUUCGGUUAUGCGUGCGUUUGUGAAGGUUGACAUGCAUUCGCAGGCGUUGGAGGUUUUGGGGAGGAUGAGAAGGGUAGGAGUGCAGCCGUGUUUGUCUGCGCUUUCGGGGCUCUUUAGGUUGUUGAUUAGAGUUGGGGAUUACGGAAGCGUUUGGAAGUUGUUUAGAGAUAUGGUUAAAGAAGGGCCCCGGCCUUCGAGUAUUACGUUUAAUGUGUUGAUCCAUGGGUUCUGUAAGAAAGGGGAAAUUCAAACCGGGGAGAGUUUGUUAUAUCUGAUGAGUAAGUUUUUUUGUGAAGCGGAUGUUUAUACGUAUAACAUUUUGAUUAAUGCGUAUUGCAUCCGUGGACAAACUUUGAAUGCUUUAAGUUGGGUUCAUUUGAUGGUUGAAAGUGGUUGUACUCCGAGUACUGCCACGUUUAGCACGAUUAUAAAUGCCUUAAGCAAAGAGGGAAACAUUGUAGAAGCAAGAAGCGUUUUUGAUCAAAUGCAAGAUAUGGGCGUGUCCCCAAAUACAAUCGUCUACAAUGCGUUAAUGGAUGGUUUUGUUAAAGCUAGAGAAAUUGAUCAGGCGACAAUGCUUUUCGAGGAAAUGCGAAACAAUAAUGUUAAAGCCGAUGGUGUGACGUUUAACAUCUUGGUUGCAGGGUUUUAUAAGUAUGGGAAAGAUGAGAAUGUCGACCAUUUGUUAAGAGAUUUAUCCAUGCCUGAUUUGCUUCCAGAUUAUUCGUUACCCGAUGUAUCAGUAGCAAGAUUGUGCUGGGUGGGCCGACCUGAUGAAGCCACUGAACUUGUAGAAGACAUGCUGAAAAAGGGUUUACCCCUUACAGUAAUUGCUUUCAAUUCUAUAAUUUCCGCUUACAGUAAACAAGGAUUAGAAAAGAAAGCAUUUGACGUGUAUCAUACGAUGAUUAAAUAUGGCGUAACCCCUUCAUUUUCCACAUGUAAUUCGUUGCUUAUGUGUUUGUCACGAAACGGCAAGUUGCAAGAAGCCGAAGAGUUAAUGUGGUAUAUGAGAGAGCGAGAGUUUUCGGUUAAUAGAGUUGCUCUUACUGUGCUUAUAGAUGGGUAUUUCAAAAUCGGGGAUGUAACGGGUGCUCAAAGAUUAUGGCAUUAUAUGAAUAAUAACAAUACGGCUGCAGAUGCUAUUGCGUUUUCGGCAUUUAUUGACGGAUUAUCGAAAGCUGGUCUUGUUGAGGAGGCGUAUAAUGUGUUUUUAGCAAUGAAAAAUAAAGGUCUUGUGCCGAAUAAUUUCGCUUACAAUUCUUUAAUUGCGGGAUUUUGCAACGGUUGGAAAUUAAACGAGGCGUUGAAAUUGGAGAAGGAGAUGAGACAAAGGGGUCUUCUUCCUGAUUUGUUCACUAAUAACAUAAUCAUUAACGGGUACUGUAAACAAGGUAGGAUGAAGGCUGCGAUUAAUACGUUCAUGGACAUGCAUAAUAUCGGGUUGGUACCCGACAUUGUUACUUACAACACGUUAAUAAGUGGAUACUGCAAGGGAUUUGACAUGGUCAACGCUGAUAAUCUUGUUUACAAGAUGUAUAAUAGCGGGUGGGACCCGGAUAUUACUACGUAUAACAUUCGGAUUCAUGGUUUUUGCGGCAGUCGAAGGGUAAAUCGAGCUGUAUUGGUGUUUAAUGAGCUUCUUUCGUCUGGAGUUAUUCCGAAUACGGUAACUUAUAACACAAUGUUGAAUGCCAUUUGUAAUGAUAUACUCGACCGUGCUAUGAUUUUGACUGCAAAACUGCUUAAAAUGGCUUUUGUUCCUAAUAUUGUGACAACCAAUCUGUUAUUGUCGCAUCUGCGUAAGCAAGGGUUGCCGGAAAGGACGUUGAUGUGGGGCCAUCAUUUGAAACAGAUAUGUCAUGAAUUUGAUGAGAUAACUUAUAAGAUUUUGGAACAAGCUGAGCGCGACGUAAAAGAAGAUGUUGUAUAUUUAAGAGGGACAUCGGGAAAAAGCCUUUUUCUAGACUUCCUUAUGUACCUUACUUAUGAUUAUUUAUACAGAAAUAGGGUUUACGGUGAAACUGAUAUUUCUGCUAUAAGAAUGCUCGACGAUGGAUCUAGUAAGCCUUUAGAGGCAACUACUCAUGUUUAUCAACAGUCGGUGUUAGAAGUCAACAAGUGAAUUGACGGCAAAGAGAAAGAUUCUGUUCGAAUUAACAAAAGGCUCCGUUGAUGCUGAGUACAUGAAACUUCAUAUUGGGUGGUCAAGGAUAUGAGCGAGAUUUGCAGGUCAAAACUAAAUUCAUGCAUAUGGAUCAUAUGGUUGAUCUCAAGAAAAGAAGAUGGAAACCGUCAUGUCAAUGAACAAUCCAGAUACGCGAGUCCUUGUGCUGCACCAAGCAUGAUUUGCAGUCUUCUUUGCCAUGGAAGAGCUGUAUGAGAGUUCCUGAAGAGAUGAUCUUCUAAGCUUUUAUUUGGCAUGAACUCGUAAACUAACAGCCGUUGGAUCCCUCGUUCGCCGUCUAUUGCGCAGUAUCCGAUUAGUUUGACCAAAUUUGGGUGGUCAACUACACCCAGAAAUUGUACUUCAGCGACCCACUGUUUGUGACCCUACAUUUCAUAUCAAGAUUGAACACAAAAUGGAGAAAAGGAUCUGCACAAUAUGUACAACUUGCAAAGCACAAUUACUCUUUUGUUGUACAUUCAAGCAUUUUGUGUACCGAACAAAUAGUGAUUAUUUCAAUAGACUUUUGUACAUUCAAGGACAUUGAUACAUAAUAUUUGAAGAACUGUGGUUAUGUA